CUUGAAUGGGUGGCUGUACUCUUCACUGAGCCCACGGCCACGGAGCUGGCCUUGCCAUACCGUCCGCCUUGCGAGCGUGCUCACGCACGAUCCUGGGCUCGUGCUUGCACGCGGUCGCAGCGUCAUCAAGGCUCCACGCCACGACAGGACCGGCCAUGCCGGGUGGCGUCCUCGCAACAUCUGGAGAGGUGGGCAAGGCCUCUGAGGAGGCGUGGGGCGUGCUGACGGUGAGCAACAAGAUCGCUCCCGCGGCGCCAAAGCGGCGUGCGCGUGGCGGCAAGGCCAGCCGCGCGCGCCGGCUCGAGAACUUCCGGCAGCACAAGGCUGCGGCACCUGCGGCUGCUCCUGCGAUCAAGUGGGAGCAGCUCGCCCACGGCCUCUUGCGUCAGCAACGCGCGACUCUGCGCGACGGCGCGCGAGCUGCCUGGGUGCGCAUGCGCGCCGCUCGCGCGAAGAUCGGCGCGGCGGUGCGGAGCGCGCGGAGGUGUAGGUCUCUGCUCGCGCGUCACCUCGAGUCCCUUCCCACUGCUUGAUCAAACCCUUGGCCCUCUGAUGUCCAGUGCAGCACAUGUCUCUUGGUGUGUGUGCUGUGGGCCCUUCUUGUCUCUGCAAUAGACCGUGUGAGGUAACACCUACCUACCUACAAUCGUCGACGGCAAGCUC